AAUGAUGACCGUUCAAUUACCAUUGCUUCCUAUAUUGGGGUUCACGUGAGAUUUUUAUCUACUUCAUUUUUGGGCUCUUGCCCUAACAUGACCUAGCAAGAAAGAUGGAAGGCGUGGAUAUACUACACAUACACCAAGGUGGGCCCCGUGGUCGGGCCCGCACCUAAUCCGCUCUCUCACCGAAUCGGCUCUCGAGACUCUCUAUCUCUCCACGCAAAAACCGUUAAUAACUGUCCAUCGACAAUCGAUCCUCUUUCUCCUUCGCAUUCCUGUUUUCUUCUUCUUGUUUCCUUAAACUUCUUCUUCUUUUCCAUUAAUCUCCGAAAGUCAAUUAAUUAUUCAUUACUGAUCCUCUGAUCUUCAUUAAUAUUUUAAUAUUAAAGAGCGGUUUUUUCUUUCUAGAUCUAGAAACUCAAAAGCCCUCUAAACGCUUUCACAUCUGGAAACUGGCCUUGGUUUUUGCAUCUGAAGAUGAAAUUCAAGACCAUUUGGAAUCCACAUGCAGUUGAGAAAUAGUCAUCCUAGAAAAUAAUUAUGGAAAUCUCAUAUCUCAGAAAAUCCUUAUCUGAAUUAUGAGUAUUCACAGAUUACAGCGUACUUCUUCUAGUUUGGAAUAGAUGGAAGAACGAUUCUCGGGAUAUUUCUUAAACUAGUCAUAUGUAGAAUUUUGAAUUCCAGUAGUCGGAGUGAUGGGUGUAAUGGAGGUUUCGAUCAUGCAUCACAUUGUCAUUGUGUUUGUUCUACUCUGGUUCUUGUAUUCUUUCAGUUGCAGCCACCCUGUUCUUUACCUCGCAUCUUUCGUCUAUCUCUACAAGGUUAAUGAGCAUUGCACACUGAAAUUAUGGAGAAGAUUACAAUUUCACAAAAGAACACAAGCAAACCAAAGAAGGGUUCUUUCAGAUUCAGAAACAGUAAAGUGGUUGAAUCAUGCAGCUGAGAAGGUUUGGCCUAUUUGCAUGGAACAGAUUGCUUCACAGAAAAUUCUACUGCCCAUCAUACCUUGGUUCCUGGAUAAGUUUAAACCAUGGACUGCUCAGAAAGCAGUUGUGCAGCACCUCUACUUGGGAAGGAAUCCUCCUGUGAUUACUGGAAUAAGGGUUCUCCAUCAAUCAGCCAAUGACGACCACUUGGUUCUGGAGUUGGGAAUGAAUUUUCUUUCUGCAGAUGAUAUGGGCAUGAUACUUUCGGUGCAACUCCAUAAAAGAUUAGGAUUCGGCAUGUGGGCAAAGCUGCACAUAACAGGCAUGCACAUCGAAGGAAAGGUCUUGGUGGGUGUGAAGUUUCUUCGACAGUGGCCUUUCCUGGGGCGGCUGCGUGUUUGCUUUGUAGAGGCACCUUACUUUCAGAUGACAGUGAAACCUAUAAUCAACCAUGGACUUGAUGUUGCAGAACUUCCAGGGAUUGCAGGAUGGCUGGAUACGAUUCUCGGUGUUGCAUUUGAACAGACACUGGUUGAGCCUAAUAUGCUGGUUGUCGAUGUGGAGAAAUUUAAUUCAUCCCCAACAGGAAGUUGGUUCUCCAUGGAUGAGAAACAUCCCAUUGCUUAUGCCAAAGUGGAAAUUAUUGAAGCAGCGGACAUGAAACCAUCUGACUUAAAUGGAUUGGCUGAUCCGUAUGUGAAAGGUCAAUUUGGUCGUCACAGGUUUCAGACAAAGACUCAAAGGAAAACGCUGGCACCCAGAUGGCUUGAGGAAUUCAAAGUCCCAAUAUGUACAUGGGAGUCGCCAAAUCUGCUACUUCUUCGAGUUCUUGAUCGAGACCACUUUAUUGAUGAUUCUAUGGGAGAUUGUUCUGUAAACAUCAACAAUCUUAGGGGUGGGCAGAGGCACGACAAGUGGCUGCCUCUGAGAAACAUUAAAAUGGGAAGGCUGCACCUAGCAGUUACUGUACUUGAUCACGGAGAGUAUUUAACCUGAACUUGAACAGAAUUUAAACAGGAGAGAGAGCAUCUCAGUGACAAAGAAGCAUCAAACAAGAAAGAAAAUACAAAGUCAAUGGCAAGUGAAGCUGCUCAUCAGGACAGCAAUGGAAGUGUAGCUUUUGAACAGGCGGAAAAAAUGGAGGAUGAAUUUGAACCCAUCAACAUUAGUGAGCAGCAAAAGACUAGCGUAUGGGUCUACACCCCAGGAACUGAUGUUUCCCAAACUUGGGAGACCAGAAAAAGGGAAUACAGGUGUCCUAAAAUCCAAAUCUGUAGAGAGGAAAACACUUCCAAGGAUGGCCCUGGAUCAAUAGCAACUAAAUCCUGCUACGAUGAUAGCAGCAAUGACGAAAAUCUAGAAGGAAAUGGAUUACGUUCCCCUGGGACAAUCCGACAAAGUCUGCAGAAGAUCAGUUCAAUAUUUCAAAGAAGUCCUAGAAAUCAGAAUCCCAACAACAUGGAAGAGGCUAUUCCAACACCAUGUAUCAACAUCCGAGCAAUCGGCAAAAAGGCAACAGUUGUCAAAUUUGUAUUGGAUGAUGACAAUUGUGGAGCUGUUAGAGAUCAAAUACCAGAGGAGAGCCCCAUCUGUGAGAAUGAGGCAGUUAAACCAGGCAAAGCCCACAUGAGCAGCAGGGGAAAGAGAAUUCUAAAGCUGGCUGGCAGCAUAAAGCAUACCCUAAAAAAGAUGCACUUGAACAGACGCGGGGGAGCUUCUUCAUUGCCUGCAAUCAAGGAAGAAACUACUCAAGGAGAUGAUUAACAUGAUAAGGAAUCUCCAUUAUCAUCAAAGGAACCUUCCCCAAGAACUGAAGGAAGAUACUACUCCCAUAAACAGUUGUAAUGCAUCUCCCAAUGCUGAAGAAAAUGUUCGACUGAGUCCCUCUGUUUCUGCAAGAGAGACUCAGGAAUAACUAACUAGGAAGAUAACCAUGAGGAAUCUGUACUUAGAAGGUCGAACUGCUUAACAACAAAGUAUCACAUCAGAAAUCAAUUAAACUACAAGAAAAAACUUCUAACACCACAAUCCUAUCCGAUAACAUCAGAAGAAUCUGCUUCUGUUAAAAUAGGAUCACAUGAAAAUGGUGAGAAUGGGGAUGGUGCUUGUACGUCCACUUCAUUGGAAUCUUUAAAGCUGAACGGGUAUGCUAAAAAGGCAUUCCAAUAUGUCACCAUCGUUCUCAAUUGAUCCACCCACUCUGCUGGUCACAGACAGUUGAAAGAACUGUCAUUAAAUUUUGGUUCAUAAUAUCGGAGGUAGUUUCGGUCAUUUUAGCACUUCUGUUUGUUUUUCUUUUUCUAAAAAAGAUGCAUAUUAUUAAAAGCCAAAGGCCAAAAAAAGGGAAAGAAAAAAAAAAGAAGCCCUUAGGGUAUCCAAUCCCUUGUAAACAAAACAGCCCAAUUAAGAACCCCAUCAGUGGAAUUGCUUUUGUUGUGGAAACAAUGGUUAUUUCUUUCACCCUAGAUAGACCAAAUCACAGCCAAAAGGGCAACCCUCCAUCUGGAUAAGCCCAAACCACCACCUCCACAGACAUGCCAAGACCGGAAUAGGCACUCAAAUGAACUUAGAAUAACUCAGGAGACAUUGGCUGACUGUAGGAUACCAAACCAGACCAACCUAAGGAGCAAUGAAUGAAUAAAUGGUACACCAACUCCAAGUCAUUAAGGCAAACGAGACAAGCAAUCAGAAAAACCAUAGUUCGUUUGUGAACUUAGAAUAACUCAGGAGACAUUGGCUGACUGUAGGAUAGCAAACCAGACCACUCUAGGGAAGGAGCAAUGAAUGAAUAAAUGGUACACCAACUCCACGUCUUUAAGGCAAACGAGACAAGCAAUUGGAAAAACCAUAGUUCGUUUGUGAAGGUUGUUGAUCAUAAGCAUCCUAUUUCUGUCAAAAGCUAUGGCUUUAGGAAGGCUCCAUAGGGCCAAACAGGACCAUUAAAAAUAGUUGCAGCCAUCGAACUCAAACCUGGACAAUAAAAAGAAGAACAAUCGCAUGGUGAAA